UUCACCCAUCUCCCUUACCAACGACCCUACGAUCGGAUUCGCGAUCUUUCCAUCGAUUUUGCAUUCAUUCAUUGAUUCUUUCUUUUAAUCCGACUCUCAACCAUCUACUCACCCCUAACUCAUCUCGUUGACGCCCCAUUCUCGCCUGCUCAGUCUCGUUCUCGUGGAGUCAUCCUAAGUCUCCUCCCCUCCUCCACCUCCCAACCCCCUCUCGCUUCCCUUCCCCUCAUUCUCGGGAAACCCAUCAAGCGCUGUAUAUACUCCCCUGGACCGGUGAUUCCUAAUGGCUUUUGGUGGAUCUAAGCACUUCUUUUGAGGGUUUCUUGAUCUCAUCGCCGUGGGCGCCAUCCCUCCGGUUAGGGGUUGAAAUACCACCAUUUGGGCAUCUUCAAGGUCCCCAUCGCCUUGCCUGUUUUCUUUUAUCGAAUCUUUUGGAUGCGAAACACAUCCAUCACGCCUACUUUGAUUUUCUCGUAUCGUUUGACUCGGUAGUCGCUACUCCCGUUCAUCAUGCGGGAAGUCAACUUCAGCAUCCCCAAUGUGAACAAGGCUUCGGUCAACAUCACCACCACCCUUUAUGACCGUCGUGCCCUUGAUUGCACAUCGACCCUCCCACUCAUCAACUCUCUCAAUCACCUGGCAUACCUCACAACCUCGUCGGCACGGAUUAGGGACAUCUUGACGGUCGAUGGCGGCAUCGAAAGACUUGUGUGCAUCCUGAAGGAGGGCAGGAGCAAGGAUUUGAUGGAAAUGUGGAAAUGGAGUCUCGCCUUUCAGUGUGUUGUCAACAUCGGAGUACGAGGCUCGGAAAGUGUGCGCACCAGAGUGGUCGAGGCCGACAUGGUCCCCGUCAUUGCCACUAUCCUGGACAACUACAUCAAGGUGGUGGACAAAGUGCGAUCGCGCGCCGAGCCCGAGUCGCAAAAGCAUGCCUCGAGUCGCCAGGCUAUCAAGCCCGGUUCUUCUAGUCGUGAGGCCCCCGAGCGGACCGCCCCCGUGGAAACGGGCAGCCACGCCGAAGCCCGCCCCUCCUCCCGCCGACAGGCUCCUCCCCCAAGCAUUGAAAUUCCCCAGUCCGACUACCAAGAUAACCAACCGACCGACUCCGAUGCGAUGGACAUCACCUCCCCUCCCCGUGCACCCAUGACAUCACCCCCCGAACGAAGUACGUUCCGACAGGAUGUUCACAACCACCGAGCCCACGAUGGCCGGUUCUCUCGGACGAGCCAUCGCUUGCGAGCGAUGCAACCGCUCGCCACCGCCGUUCCCCCGAUCGAUACCGCCGAAGCCUUUGGUCUACGACCCGUGCGUGAUGCCGAGCGCCUGCCGAGCAUGCUACCUGGGCUGCAAACCGGUAUCAUCUCACAGCCCGACUCUCCGACGACACCCAGUGGACCCAUUCAGUCCCGAAGCAUUCCUCAAGCGGCACCCGCACGGCAGCGGCCCGCAAUUCGGCAGCAAACGUCGGCCUCGGGUGAAUCGGACGAUGCAAAUGGCGAGGACUCGACCAUGGGAGACGAUCCUGUUUUGGGACAGAAUUCAGAUCCCAUCGUUGGACUGCCUAACCGAAUGGAGAUCGACGGUGUCGAUGAACAACAGACGACCAUGAUCGACGAUGUCUCUCCUGCACAUGGCCUGACCGUGACCGAUCCUUCGGAAGAGGGCCAGGAUGCCGAGACCUUCAACAUUGCCCAUCGGUCUGCCGUUGAUGGCAGCAUCAUCAACAACAACGGCACCACGCAACCCAACGGCGGGCUAGGUCUUUCGCCCACUCAGGCUCCGAACAACCCCAACUCCCCAACCCUUGCUCCUAGUCCCUAUGCCAUGUACCUGCGCGAUCGAAACACACCCGCAACCCAGAGCGUUCUUACCACCAUGCCCCGGGAUGAGGAUGUCCUGAUGUCACUGCAGCUCUUGGCUUAUGUAUCCAAGUACUGUAACCUGAGGUCGUAUUUCCAGCGCUCUCACCUCGUGCCCAAGCUCAAGAUCGACCGGGAGUUGCAUCUUCUCGACGAGAAUGCAGACCCGUCUUCUCCCAUUGAGGUUGAGGAGGAGGACGAGUAUCUGCUGCCAGACGAUGUCAAUAUCUUCCCCCUGGUUGAAAAGUUCACCGUUCGGCACCACUCGAAGGACAUGCAGUAUUGGGCCUGCGUGGUCAUGAGAAAUCUAUGCCGCAAGGAUGAGUCUCGAGGCGGCAUCCGUCAAUGCGCGUAUUACAAGUGCGGCAAGUGGGAAGAGUUCCAGCGCCAGUUCGCCAAAUGCCGUCGCUGCCGCCGCACCAAGUAUUGCAGCAAAGACUGCCAAAAGGCCGCGUGGGUCUACCAUCGCCACUGGUGCCAUACUACUCCUUGAUACGAAUCCAUCGCCCUCUACAACCCCUCACCACAUACCACCAAUCCCAUCAUAUCUCCUCCUGCCGAUCUCGAUGUUCGAGUUCUGUUUUUGAUUUUCACAAAUGCAUAUUGGCUCUCGCAUAGCGUCAUAUCGCGUCCACCCUCUAUUGUUUGAUUCAAGGUCUUACGUCUCACUUGCGCAUGGCAUUGCAAAAUCUGGUGGCGUUUCCAAUUCGACAAACAUCACCCCCCAAGAUACCUAUUUUUCCGCAUGUUUUGAAUUUUUCAUUUAGCUUUUCAUCGUCUCUUCCAACAGCUUUACCUCGAACAUGGUGCUUCUUUUAUGUCUUCCCAUAACGUCAAGGCCCGUUAUGAGUGUAUAUUUGUUCUUUGUUCACAUUGUUUCAUGGUGGACUCCGCUGUCUUAGGGGUCCCUCCUUCGUCCGAUCUACCAGGUUUUAUCACCUUGCACACACUGCACUUUUCAUUUUUCUUUUCCCUCGUACUUAAUCGUUCUGUCACGAGUCUCUUAUGUCCGUAAAUGGGCAACACUACCGACCGGUUCGACCGUUCCAGCACGGGAGCAUUCUCCUUGUGCAGUCCCAUCUAUGAUGUCACGUCUUUUGGAGGGUCCUUUUGUUCUGGUCUAUGUGCACUUUGCCUCCAUGGCAGCGGCGUUUUUCUUCUCUCUUUUACUCUCAUUGGCACCGCCGUUUCGAAAUGAAUGAACCCAUUUGCAUCUGAUUUUUCCCCCUCGAGUAGACAAGUAAAUACGAAACCCUAUGAUUGCCUGCUUUCUCACAGUCUCUGCUAUUUCUCCUUUGUAAACCCAUACGUCGCCGCUAGCCUGGACUCCAAAUGCUCCGCCGCAGUCAACGGCCUCUUGCCGGGCUCCAAGCUGCCAGCACCACCUCCAAACCCAACCGCCCCAUCCCCCUUCAACCCACCGGUCUUCUCCCGAUGCGCCGCAACGAUCUUGCUCGGCACUGGCACCAACUCCGUCGUAUCAACGGGAUGACAGAAAUACACCAACGUAUACCGAUCCUGGGGAUUCGGCUUCCGCUGCUCGGCGAGGGGAAAGACCACCCGGUGCACGGUGGACUUGAGCAAACCGUCCGUCCAAUAGCUCAGCAAAUCGCCAAUGUUGACCAAGAUCGGCGGGAAGGGGAAUGCGUCGGGCUUGUCGCCUGGGAUGAUAGGAACGGGGGCCCAGGAUCCCUCGGGCGUGAGGAUUUCGAGGCCCGGUUGGCCCGGCCGUUGGAAGAGGAGGGUUAUACUGCCGUAAUCAGAGUGGGCGCCCGCUCGGACGUCCUUGUCGUGUUUGUAGGAUGCCGUUGCUGGGGAGAAGAUGGAUGGAUAGUAGAGGUAGCGGAGGAUGCCGCCUGUGGGGCCCAGGCUAGGGUCGUGGCGGGUGGUGAAGAAGUCUUUGG